GCAGGCUCCUCAGCCCGAUGUCUCGCGAUGCGGCCGUCGAUUCCUCGCACUUUUAUGUUUUAUGUUUUAUUGCUUUUUACGGUCUGAGUGCAGCAGCGAAGUUGUUCACAAUCUACGAAGUUUGAUUGACGACAGCGUGCGUCGAAACGGACAGUAAUUUCGCAGAUUGGGCGCAGUAGUGUUGGUUUGAAUAUUCGCGGGGUUGGUCUUCAACCUCGUUAGCCCUCAUCGACUGCAUCGUCCUCCGUCUAUGCAGGCAACCCACGAUAGAUUGCGGGCAUAGAGGUUUGCAACAUAUGGGUAAUUGCGGUUGAUUGUCGUAGCACCGUUUUUCACGGUGUCAUCCAGCUGCUUUUAUGGAAGCUUGUCUUAGUACAAUGGAAUUGCAGGCGUCGGCCCUGAUGCCUGGGCUGGCGUGGAAGUGGAUUUUGGAGAAGCUUCUGGAUCUUCCGGAUUUUGGAGUGGCGUUCAUCAACGAGGUGAUUACUACUCAUGUUACAGACAUAGAAGAGCCAUAUUGUCGGCCUCUUCUGGAAAGGGUAGCGCUACGGAACCUGCAGGAGAUGGUUUUAACGGAUCAAAUCGACUCCGGUGCUAUUCCUCUUCUCAAGGCACUCAUAAUACAAGACUUUGUUCCAUUAACAAAAGGCUCCUCCGUCAAGCAAAGAUUCAACAAAGAACUGGUUCUUCGUGUGCAAACAGAGAUUGUUCUUUCUGUACUAAGGGAAGAUGUGGCCGAGGGAGAUAAAGACUGGGUAUAUUACGCAUCGGAGCUCGAAAGAAUUUUUGCAGAAGAAGCAGACCCUCGUGUCCUAGCUCGUAAAAGAGAGCUCAGUGCUCUUCUUAAGUCAAAGGAUCAAACGAAUGAUGUUGCAGCUUACCUGAAGAAGUAUUCGCUCAAGAAAUUGAAGAAUGAUUUGAACAUGUUUAUUGAUGAAAGGAGAGCAACAUUUAAGACAGUGUUCUUAGACCAGUUGUCACGUGACUUUCUUGAUUCCAAUGGAACACCAUUCCUCGAGGCGCUUGGUGACAUGGAGAAGUCUGGAGAGUUAGACCCACGUGCUAAGCAAGCUCACUUGAAUCCCGCCAAUGUUGUGAGUUUGCAAACAAAUCAGGAUAUAGACCUUCAACGAGUGGGACAUGAAUCCAGGAAUGGGCAUGAUAUGACUGAAACCGGAGGUCAGGGUAUUGUGCUUGGAACUGCAGCAGUUUCUGAUAAAAAAUCGCCGAGGCGGAUGAUCCUUCCCACACGUGAUAGUAGUGAUGACGUUUCUCAAGAAGUGCAAAAUUGUAAUGUAGCGAGUAAACAAUCAAAAACACCAACUUCAGUAUCCCUUGCUGUUCCUUCAAAGGAGGGUAUGCCUCUUUCUAGAAAUUUUGGAUUAGAAGUAAUGAGAAGCUGCUCACCACACCUAAGUGUCAGUAUUGAAGGGGAAAAAAUACAUCAAACAAGGAAGCCAAGCCGUACAAACAAAAAUGUGACAAUCUCGGGUGUGGAAUCUGAUGCUGAUACACAGGUAGUUGAGAGGUUGAACAUCGAUGAUGAAAAAUGUGAAGGUGAGGGUUACCGCAAGGAAGGGGCUCAGUCUCCCUCUCAUUCAGAGAGUGGAUCGGAUCGGAGACAUUUUCAAAAAACUGUAGCAACCCAGGUCGUGAGGAGGAAGACCACAGGUUUACCAAGUGAAAGGAGGACAUUGGAGCCUGAUAGAAAAAGAGCCUCCACGUGUUCACCAGAAGCUAAAAUAGCCGAGCGGCGGGAUAAUGAGAAGUCCGUGAUAAAGAACGAGUCCCUACCCCUGGAUGCUGAAGAGAUCUACGAGGUUGACUAUCUCGACAUUGGUGAUGAUGGUCAAGAAGAGAUCUGCCACAAAUGUGGCUUGGAUGGGGACUUAACUUGUUGUGAUAGAUGCCCCAUUUCAAUGCACUUAAAAUGUAUUGAGGUUCUUGGUCUAAGGGUGCCCAAGAGUAAUGAGGAUUGGUGUUGUCCUAUUUGUGUCGCUGUGAAGGCUUCACAAGGAGCAAGAGAGGCAGCAAAGGCAGCAGCUGUGGCCAGGGAGGAGCUGAAGGCCUUCAUAAAGGAGAGCUCAAAGAAGCGAAGUUUCUCCGAGGACGAUGCACAAUACCAUAGUGGGCAGGAGAAAGCUGUCAAGCGUUCAAAAUCAAGUCUUAUUCCACCGCAACCAGAUGAUAUUGAUACGACUUUGAAGCUGCAGCAUAAUAGUGAGGAAAAUCCAGAGCUCAGAUAUACUGACGCACAACUUGAUUCAGGCCGGCGCAAUGAAUCUCUUUUACCUAUUUUAAGGAAAUCAUCAAAUCAAUUAAAGCAACGUGGCGAAGUAGAAUCUGAAAGUACAGGUCUAAAUUUAUCAUCUGUUGGAAUAGCACUACGAGUAAAUCAGAAAUUUUCGAAUGGAAGUCCGAAAUCACUGGUGAAGUACGAUCCUGAUAGUAUCCAGAGAGGACCGGCAAAAGCUGUUCCUUUUAACGAAGACAUGAAAAAAGUCCAGAGGGUACCAGAUACCCCUGAUCAAAACACUUCAAGGAGGCACCCAAUUGCGGCCAGCACAAGUGGGCGGAAAAGGAAGAAGACAGAUAUCUACAGACGUGUAGCGAAAAGGAAAGUACUUGAAGAUGACAGUGACGAGGCAAGUUUGCAACGGGAAGCCGGGGUCCAAGAACCUGGAAGUGGUGCUGGCGGUUGUGGAGAGGUGGAUGGUGAUGAUUUAGAGCUGGAUGAAGAUUGUGUUGGGAAAUCUGAGUAUGUGGAGCGCAGUGGAUAUUUUAGUGGUCGUCGGAGAAUUCCUGGUCGCCGUAGGAUUCCCCUACCGUGGACGAGAGCAGAGGAGGAUGCUCUCAAGGAAGGUGUGCGGCUGUAUUCAUAUAAUGGAGCAUGGGGUUUCCAGUGGAAAAGGAUUCUGGAGUUUGGGGAGGGCAGAUUUGAUCCUAGUCGAACCGAUGUUGAUCUGAAGGACAAAUGGCGAAACUUGGUUAAAGGUGUUUCAUAACCGUAAUCCUGUGGUUUACCUGGCAAUUUUCGAUUAGGCUUAGUUCCAUAGACUCAAAUGAAUGCUGGGCAGUCAGAGAAUUUACAUAACAGAUAAAAUGUAACAUCUGAGCACUAUUCGUGUAGAGAUGCACGGUUCAACUGGCUAUUGUUGACUAGGUUUCGAUAGCGUAGUUUCAAUGCAUGUACUAUAGACGUUGUUUUUCUGUACACUGAUUUGAUUCAUUCAGGCAGCUCUUGUGCAUUUUAGGAGUUUGAAUUUGGCACUUUGGUAUGAUCUGGUAUUGGGAUUAUGCAAGAUAUUGCAAUGCAUCAUGAUUUAGGUA